CGAGCCAUGGCGCUGGGGCUGCAGCGCGCCAGGUCGAGCACGGAGCUGCGCAAGGAGAAGUCCCGGGAUGCGGCCCGCAGCCGGCGCAGCCAGGAGACCGAAGUGUUAUACCAGCUGGCGCACACUCUGCCCUUCGCGCGCGGCGUCAGCGCGCACCUGGACAAGGCUUCCAUCAUGCGCCUGACCAUCAGCUACCUGCGCAUGCACCGGCUCUGCGCCGCUGGGGAGUGGAGCCAGCCGGGGGUCGAGGGAGAGCCCCUGGAUGCCUGCUACCUGAAGGCUCUGGAGGGCUUCGUCAUGGUGCUCACGGCUGAGGGUGACAUGGCCUACCUGUCGGAGAAUGUCAGCAAACACCUGGGCCUCAGUCAGCUGGAGCUCAUUGGACACAGUGUCUUUGACUACGUCCACCCCUGUGACCAAGAGGAACUGCAGGACGCCCUGACGCCACGGCAGAGCUUGUCCAGGAAGAAGCCAGAGGCCCCGACGGAGCGGAACUUCUCCUUGCGUAUGAAGAGCACCCUGACCAGCCGUGGCCGCACCCUCAACCUCAAGGCAGCCACCUGGAAGGUGCUACACUGCUCCGGACACAUGCGGGCCUACAGGCCCCCGGCUCAGACCUCCCCAACCGGGAGCCCCCGUUCAGAGCCGCCCCUGCAGUGCCUGGUGCUCAUCUGUGAAGCCAUCCCCCACCCCGGCAGCCUGGAGCCGCCGCUGGCCCGGGGGUCCUUCCUCAGCCGCCACAGCCUGGACAUGAAGUUCACCUACUGCGACGAGAGGAUCGCAGAGGUCGCCGGCUACAGCCCUGAUGACCUGAUUGGCUGCUCGGCCUACGAGUAUAUCCACGCGCUGGACUCGGAUGCCGUCAGCAAGAGCAUCCACACUUUGCUGAGCAAGGGCCAGGCAGUAACGGGGCAAUAUCGCUUCCUGGCCCGGAGCGGUGGCUACCUGUGGACCCAGACCCAGGCCACAGUGGUGUCAGGGGGCCGGGGUCCCCAGUCCGAGAGCAUCAUCUGCGUCCACUUCCUAAUCAGCCGGGUGGAGGAGACCGGAGUGGUGCUGUCCCUGGAGCAGACGGAGCGACACUCCCGCAGACCCCAUCAACAGAGCGUCCCCUCUCAGACGGAUGGUCCUGCCUCUGGGGAUAGUCGUGACCGACCUGGUCCCCGGAUCCUGGCCUUCCUGCACCCCCCUGCCCUGAGCGAAGCUGCGCUGGCCGCUGAUCCCCGCCGUUUCUGUAGCCCUGACCUCCGCUGCCUCCUGGCGCCCAUUCUGGAUGGGGCUUCGGUUGCAGCUGCCACCCCCAGCACACAGCCAGCUAGGCGGCGUCCCCAGAGCCCUCUUCCGGCUGAUCUCCCAGAUCAACUGCUUGUGGGCAUGGAGAAUGCACACAGACCCUUGGUGACCCGGAAAACCCUGGAGGCAAAGGAGACAGAUCUAGAGGUAGCCCAGGAUGCCAAUGGCCUGGAUUUGGAAAUGCUGGCUCCAUACAUCUCCAUGGACGAUGACUUCCAGCUCAGCUCCUGUGACCAGCUAUCCAGAGCCUACCACAAACCUGCAGGGACUGUCCCCCGGCCCCGCGCACGGAGCUUCCAUGGCCUGUCGCCUCCGACCCCAGAGGCCUCUGUACUGCCCCGCUGGGGCAGUGACCCCCGGCUGAGCUGCUCUAGCCCUUGCAGAAGAGACGCCUCGGUGUCCUCCCCUGUGCCCAGGGCUCAGAAGAGGACCCUGGCCCCAAGCUCUGAGGAUGAGGCUGAAGGGGUGGAGCUGCUGGGAGUGAGACCCCCAAAACGACCCCCGGGGCCAGAACCCAACAACUUUCUGCUGCCUCCGCUCAGCCUGAGUUUUCUUUGGCCGGGAGGACCUGUCCUAGGACGCCAGCAGGAGCCCAGCACCCCCCUCCAGGACCUGAAUGAGUGUCUGGGCCUGGGUCCCUCACUGCUCUCUCACUACCCAGUGGAGGAUGCCGCCCCAUCCAGGAGCCUCUUCCAGCCUGCAGCAGGCUCAGCCCGUGCCCACUGAGCCACCCCCUCACGUCUCACCUCCCUUCUCCUCCCGCCCCACCACAGGACCUCAGCCACACUCCAAGCCUUCAGCCAACGCACAGGACGGGGACCCCCAUCUCUGAAUGGCCCCCUCCACCAGCCUCGGGCCUACCUCAGCCCCACCCCCCCCAUGUGCUCCCACUGUUGAGGGGGCUUGUGGGGUGGUCUCAGCUCAGUGACCUCUGGGAGGGGGUCCUCAGCCCCCUCCUCCCUUCUCAGGAUUUCCCUUGGGGCUCCCUGGUUACCUCAUCACCCUUCCUCUAACUCUCUGGGCUAUAUUUUGGGGAACAAGGGGGGUGGACUGGGGCACAGAUAGGUGUUUGUUUGUUUGUGUCCUUCUUUGGUUUUGAUUUUUCUUGUCUUCAUGCUAUGGUUUGCAUCACCAUGAAUUACCUAAGGCCCAUAUUCAUGUGGGAUUCCGGCCUCCCUUCCUC